AUGUUUUCCCGGUGUUUUGGAGACCCGGCGGCGCCGUGGCCGGAGGAGCCGGGCGAGCGCGAGCAGGGCCUGUACUCUCUGCACCGCAUGUUCGACAUCGUGGGCGCGCAGCUGACGCACCGCGACGUGCGCGUGCUCUCCUUCCUGUUCGUGGACGUGCUGGACGAGGCCGAGCGCGGCCGCAUCCGCUCGGGACGAGAUUUCCUGCUGGCCCUGGAGCGCCAGGGCCGCUGCGACGAGAGCAACCUGCGGCAGCUGCUGCAGCUGCUGCGCAUCAUCACCCGCCACGACCUGCUGCCCUACGUCAGCCUCAAGAGGCGGCGCCCCGUGUGCCCGGACCUGGUGGACAAGUACCUGGAGGAGACGUCCAUCCGCUACGUCACCCCCCGCGCGCCCGGGGGGGCCCCGCCCGGCCUCGGCCACCCCCACAAAUCAGUGCCUGCCCCCCACCCGUCCCUGUGCUGCCCCCCGGGGGGGCCCCAGCUGGGCCCGAAGCGCCCGGGCCGGGCCCGGAGCCUCCUCGGGAACCAACGGAAACGCAGGAAGUCAGCGACCCCCGACCCCAAGGAGAAACAGACCUGCGACAUCCGCCUGCGCGUGCGCGCCGAGUACUGCCAGCACGACUCCGCCCUGCACGGCAACGUCUUCUCCAACAAGCAGGACCCUCUGGAGCGCCAAUUCGAGCGCUUCAACCAGGCCAACACCAUCCUGAAAUCGCGGGAUUUGGGCUCCAUCAUCUGCGACAUCAAAUUCUCGGAGCUCACCUACCUCGACGCCUUCUGGCGGGAUUACAUCAACGGCUCGCUGCUGGAGGCCCUCAAGGGCGUCUUCAUCACGGACUCGCUCAAACAGGCCGUGGGCCACGAGGCCAUCAAGCUGCUGGUCAACGUGGACGAGGAGGAUUACGAGCUGGGCCGUCAGAAACUCCUCAGGAACUUGAUGCUCCACACGGCUCCCUGAGGGAUCCCAAGUUUUUUUUGUUGGUUUUUUUUGUUUUUUUUUGUUCCCGGGUUUUUUCCGUUUUUUUGUCCCUCGUCCCGACUCUUCCCGAGGUUUUGUUGGCGUAGAGCCCCGCUCAUGGAUUUGGGGAGGGUUGGAGGUGUGGGGUGUUCCGGGA